AUGAAAGUGUCCAAGACAUCUGACCCGGCUAUUCGGCGACAGAAAAAGAAGUCAAUCACCUGUCAACGAUGCCAUGCACACAAGAUGAAGUGUAGUGGAGGCCAGCCAUGUACUAAAUGUCGGCAAUCCAGUUGCCCCGCCGAUUGCCAUUAUGUGAAUCGAGAUCGCCAAAUUAAAGUACAUGAGAGGUAUGAUCCACUGCGAAUCUGCCGUGGCAAAGCUAACGGUCCAAGUUAUAUCGACGAGCUCGCAGCUGAAAAUCAGCGAUUGCGAGAUCAAUUGUCUCAGUCGCCACCCGAAAACCACUGCUCAUCUUCUUCAGUUACCAAUGAAUCGGCCGCAGAUAGACAUGUUCAAAACCCAAUGCUGGGAGAACGAGCCUGGUUUCAACCCUAUGACCCAUCGUCACUACCAAUUCACAUUGGAGAAGCAGCAUGUACAGCAUUCGUUACUCGUUUACGCAAGGUUCUCACAAAGAAGGAGACGACAAUCCACAUGCCUCGGACACAGUAUACAUCCGAAUCCACAUUGAUGAAGAUCCGCGACCCAGCAAUAGAAUGGCCCAGUCUUCCUCAAGCUCGGCUUCUGAUUCAGAUUGUAUUCAGCCAGGUUAGCCGGGUGUAUCAUUUGGUGCUGCGCAAGUCGACAUUUGAUCAGCUGGAAGAUGCCUACCGAGAUAGAAACCUCGACAAUCCUGUCUUAACUUGCAAAUUCUUCGCUUUAUUUGCUCUUGGUGAAGCAUACUCUGCACGAUCGAAUUCGACGCUUGAAUGCAAUGUUCCUGGCGCCGCUUAUUAUGUAAAUGCGAUGACGAUGAUCCUUAUCUUGCCUGAACGUCCAAGUCUGACGCAUAUUGAGAGUUUGUUGCUUCUGUCUCUAUAUUCAUUCUUCCUCAACAGACGCCACUCUGCCUUUUUGCUUGUUGGCAGCGCGAUGCGCCUGGGGUUGACCUUGGGAUUGAAUCAUGACAUACCGCAAUCCAAAUGUCCUGAUCCAGUUGACCGCCAGCAUCGAACAAGAUUAUGGUGGGGGAUCUAUGUCUUUGACCGAAUGUAUGGCUCGAAAGUCGGCUGGCCAAUCCAAAUUGCCGAUGAGGAUAUUCAUGUCAAGAUGCCGUCCACGGUGCCUGGUGACAUUCAUAACGAGGAAUUCUCUGACACGGAGUUCUUGACAGCGAGUAUUCAACUUGCUAGGAUCACAGGACAGGUUAUCGACCGGGUGUAUAGCCGAAAGAAACAUCCCGAGUCAUUCUUGCAGCGCGAACAGAAGCUUCUUAUUUCUUUGAAACAAUGGGCUUGCGCUCUGGCUCCGAAUAUCAGACUCAAUUGCGAAGGUCCGAUUCUGAAGAAUGUCAUAUCAUUGCAUUUGCAAUUCAACCAAUGUAUUAUGUUAGCCAGUCGACCGGUCCUUUUGUAUGCUCUUAUUCAAACUACAUAUUCAGAGCCACCUGAAGAAGAUGCUGCCCACCCAAAUAUCCGUCAAACCCUUAAAACGCUCAGCGAUGCCUGCAUUCACGCAGCAAGACACACCCACUCACUUAUCGUGGAUGAGUGGACAAACGGAUCGCUCCCAGUUUUUGGCUACUUCUAUGCUCAUUAUCUAUUUUCUUCGGCACUUAUCAUGGUCAUCUCAAGUCAAGUGUAUCCAGAGAAUAGCGGUGACUUUUCUCUGUUCGAGGCAGCAUUCGAGAUUCUUCGGGCAAUGAGUAACCAUGGAAAUCUGGCUGCGACCGAAUUUUAUGAUAAUCUUGAGUGUGUCCGACAGCGCUUGGACCAACAGGGUGCAUCUGAGUCGCGUCCUUCUCUUCAAUUCGAUCGGUCCUUUGUUAACGAUCAAAGUGGUGCACAUCCUUCAAUGAUGCCCACUCUUUUAGGCGGAAGACCAAGUGACUUGAGCCUUGUGGGCAGUGUACCUGAGGCCAUUGCACCAGGAAACCUUACGAACGACAUGUCCUUCCUGGGAGAGGGUAUGGAGGAGUUCCUAGCACAGCCUGAUGUUGAUUUUGAUUUCCUGGAUCCUUCCAUGACUGAUGCUAUGUCCUCGUGGCCGAAGUUCUCUUUAUGGACUGCAUAA